AUGGCGAAGGGAAAAGUGCUCGUGAUUGACGAAGCGUACAAUCUCAACGAUAAUAUGUAUGGAAAGCAAGUGCUAGAUGUUCUAGUUGAAAAGGUGCAAGAUUCGGACAGUAAUGAUAUUGCCGUGCUUCUCAUCGGAUACGAACAUGAAAUGCUUGAAAUGUUGCGCACGCAAAAUCCGGGCUUGAGCCGUCGUUUUCCACCACAGUAUGCUUUUCGCUUCGAAGACUACACCGAGCACGAAUUACUGGAUAUUAUCGAGUGGAAUUGUGCAAAACGAAGUGUGACGUGCCCCUGUGACGUCGCCGAGGCUCUGCUGAAACAGUUAGCACUUCAAAAGACCCAGCCACACUUUGGCAAUGCUGGUGCUGUGGAACAAUUGCUCAAACACGCGCUCGCUAAAGCUAUGAGUCGUCCAAUGGUAAGUGGAAUGACCCUCCUAUCCCUCGAAGACGUAAGUGUGGAUUUUGAAGAGGAAGCAAUGGAGAAGUCAAACGACCCUCUUGAGCUACUAAAUCGAUUAUACCGGAUGGAUAGGGUAAAGGAGCAACUGACGCAGCUACGAAAUCAAAUAAUUGUUGCCAACCGCGAGGGUUCAAGACUUCCUGAAGUGGGUAAUUUUGUGUUUCGCGGCUCGCCUGGUACGGGUAAAACAACGGUUGCUCGCGUCAUGGCGAAAAUUCUGCAUGGCAUGGGAAUGUUGGCAUCAUCAAAACUCGUUGAAACCUCAGGAUUAGAUCUUAAUGGCCAAUACGUCGGCCGGACGAAAGAAAAGGUAAAGACGAAACUUGGUGAACCUAAGGGAGGCCUGCUUUUCAUUGAUGAAGCGUACGAGUUGGGCAAGGGAACUUACGGAGAAGAAGCUAUGACGACUCUUAUUGCAGCAAUGACAGAUCCCAUUUAUUCAGGCAUGGUUUUUAUCAUAGCCGGCUAUUCAAAAGAUAUGGACCAAAUGCUUGAUCGCAACGUUGGUUUAAAAAGUCGCUUUACACGAUUUAUCGACUUCCCAGAUUGGGAGGCGCGAGAUGCGGUGUCGUUCUUAAGUGAAAAGGCAGAAAGCGAGAAUCUUAUGGUUGAAGAAUCGGCUAUCUUAUCAUUACAAAAUACGUUUGUGGAGCUGAAAAAGCUCAGCAACUUUGGCAAUGGGCGCGAUGCGAUGCGAGUGUGGGAGACGCUACUACAAAGUCGGUCUCAGCGAGUAGUGGACUCACCUGAAUUUGAGCGAACGAUUACAGUCUGCGAUGCUGAUCAGGCAGGCGAAGCUACUUUGGCUGCACGUCGUGGUGGCGGUUCUCCCGGAAGAGGAGUAGCAUUGGAUGACAAUCCGCUGGAGCUGCUCGAUGAACUAUAUCGCAUGAAUGAAAUUAGGGACCAAUUGUCUCGCUUGCAAAGAGAAAUGGUGGUCGCAGCCCGAGAAAACUCCGAACGUCCUGAAAUCGGGCAUUUUGUUUUUCGAGGCUCUCCUGGUACUGGCAAGACGUCAGUUGCACGCGUGAUGGCACAGAUUCUGCAUGCGAUGGGUGCAUUAGCAAGCACAAAACUUGUUGAGACUUCAGGCUUAGAUCUGACUGGAGAAUAUGUUGGACAAACAAAAACUAAAGUAACGGAAAAGCUCGUUGAAGCCAAAGGUGGUUUAUUAUUUAUUGAUGAAGCAUAUGAGCUAGGAAAAGGCAUGUACGGUGAGGAAGCAAUGACGACGUUGGUGGCAGGAAUGACAGAUCCGAUGUAUGCCGGUAUGGUAAUCGUGAUUGCGGGCUACCCGAAAGAUAUGGACGUGAUGCUGAAUCGCAAUGCCGGUCUCAAAAGUCGCUUUACGCGCUUUAUUGAUUUUCCAGAUUGGGAAGCAGAAGACGGCGUGGCUUUCCUUCACGCAAGAGCUGACAAGGAGGAUUUUAAACUGGAACACGGAGCUGACAGUAUUAUUAGUCAAACUUUUCUGGAACUUAUAAGACUGGAGGGUUUUGGAAAUGGCCGUGACGCAGUUCGUCUUUGGAAGGAGUUGCACCAGUGUCGUGCGCAACGUGUAUUCGAUUCGCCGGAAAGCGUGCGUACAAUAACAGCGAAGGACGCAUCGAUGGCUGGAGAACGAAUGGUCGCUGCCCGUCGUUCACCAGACGGACCGAUCCUUUCGCAAUCAAUCGUACCUACUGGCAAAUCGAUGGUUCAAAUUAGAGACCAACAAGCUCCGCAGACAUUGUCAAAGCUGUUUGACUUGCAGGAGCCAGAAGACAUGCUUUCGUUACUGACGGAGCAAGAAACAGUCUUUUUUGAUGAGGUUGAUAAAAUGGAUGCACCGAAAGGUGUUGAAGUAGAGGAUGGCUGCAGCGAUGGUCGCGACCCUGGCGUCUCUGAUCAAGUAUGGGAAGAAUUGGAACGUGCCAAAAAGGCCUAUGUAACUCAUUUGGAAGGUUUAAAACAAGCUCGCGCGCAGGAACAAUUGGAAGAAGAGCAACGUCAGGCUGCAGCUAUACAGAAGAGAAUUUGUCACAUUUGUCCAUGCCCAGCAGGCUACAAGUGGUACAAAGCAGGUGAUGGCUGGGUUGCGGCGGAGGCAGUCACUUUGUUUCUGAUGCGCAAUUAA